UCAAAAAGCACCAUGGAGAUUGCUGAUAGAUGGAAGAAGGAAACCUUCGACUGGUUCUCGAGAAGUAUUGAAACGCGAGUCGCCGACGGCCUUGCCGUUGAUAUUCAGCGCGAGCCCAGAUUAGAAAACAACACACAAGAACUUACGUCGUCGUCCAACGUUACCCCUUCCCCAAGGAGAGCUACCCACCAAUUGGAAGUUGCGGUAGGAUCAGUCGCGGCACAUAUGCAUCCGCAUUCGAAUUUGUACGAUUUGACUGUCGACAUGAAUUGGCGCAAGGUACUGAGGGCCUGUGAGAUUCGUCCGGUAGAUGCCUCGUACCAGGACGCUGAUCUGGGUGAAACACCAUUGUACGUGGCUUGUCAACAACGUCCCCCCGUACGUGUCGUUCGAGCGUUGCUGAGAGCCUUCCCACAAGGAGCAUACGUACCCUCAUAUAACGGUGAUUUGCCUAUACACAUUGCCUGUCGUUGGAAUGCCUCUAUCGAGAUAUUACGAGAGUUGGUGCAGUGGGCUCCUGAUACGGCUUCGCAAGCCUCCAAGUGGGGUGCCACGGCACUGGUGGCGCUCUGGGACGGACGGGACGUUAUCGAUAGCAACGACGCGCCGGAAAAUUAUAACACAGUGUUUUGGCAAAAAGCACAAGUCAUUCUGGAAGCCAUUGCGAAGUCACGACGGGUGCAGCACGUUACCAGGCAGGACAAUGGUACAUCCCAUGGGGGCUCUCCGAAAGUCAACGAACGCUCGCAAAAAACGGCAGAAGCAGAACCUUUCGUAUUGCACGCUGCCGUAUCACUCGGAUCUCUCGGUUGUCCGUAUCCAAUUUUGGAAUACGCCAUUGCGAAAUAUUCGCAUCAGAAAUUUCAGCGGGAUGAAAGCGGUAAGCUCCCAUUGCAUAUAGCUGUGGGACCGACCACGUGGUCCAAACUGUCCCGUCGUCGGUACAAACCACGCGAGCAACAAGUUAUAAGCAAAUUGUUAGAAUUGGGUUCCGAUACGGCGCUCCAAAUUGACCCCAAUGAACCGAGCGGUCGGUAUCCACUACAUACGGCUUUAACCUAUCGACAUCAGUGGUCCGGCGGCGUCAAGGAUCUGUUCAAACACAGUCCUGAACUAAUUUUGUGCCGCGAUCCCAUUCUUGGUGUUUAUCCAUUUCAACUAGCGGCAAUUCCGGUCGGAUCGUCAAUCUCUACAACAUUGUGUACUCCUGAUCUCGCCGCAAUCUACCACUUGCUCCGAUCUCACCCUGCUGCUCUCAAUGCACCCAUUGCGCGUCUUGCUUCGAGCGAGCAUAUCGAUACUCACCACGACGACGGAACAUGUUUGCGCCUAUUGCUGACACCACCUUUGGAGCCAACAGGGCUUUCACCAAUUGUGACACCCCGGGAGCGAAGACAACGAUCGUCUCGUCCACAACGAGUUUCUGACGUUUCUAAGAAUACUCACUCCGCGGGGGGAGAAGAUGAUAGCUGCCGCAUCAUGGAGAAUAAAAUUCUCAAGCCGGCUGUGCCGGUAACGACCCGGAUCCGACAAUUGGAAGAACGACGAAUAAAAGCAGCGACGAGAUCCUGCUUACAUCCUUACACUAAAGAGCCCCGGGAGACGAGAGGUUGCGAGCCCUUGUCCACGUCUUCAGCUGUACCCAGCGAAACAGCCACUACCAGUCCUACAACGGUAACUUUGUCCAUCAUAUCCAAACUGCCCAAGCUUACAUUUGCACCGUUAAUAGCAUCUCGAAUGAUUUGCGAAUACUUAGUGCGCCACGCCCGUGAAAGCAAAGAGGCAGUCGCAGCAUCUUGUCCGACCGCUUGCCAAAAGGAAUGCUUUUGCGUGUCGGCCAUAGUAAUUGCUGGAGGUUUCUUGGCUUGGGCGUUUGUGGAUGAAUCGAAGUUACAGUCCAACGAGGAAUAGAUUCCUUUAAAAGGCGGGGAGGAGAUAGAUGAACACAUUGUCUUACUCUCCAAGCAAGUGUAAACUUGUCUAUUUCUAUUUGU